AAAACGGACUUGAAGAUGAAGGACAGAGAAAUGCCACUUCAAGUCUUACGUCAUCGCUGAACAAAUAUCUCCAUGUCGCCGGCGAUAGUGUAAAAGAUUAAAAGUAAGUCUAUCAGUGUGAGGGUGCGUUUCCAGUGAAACUACCGCACUAGGUAGAUCGAUCCAACUCCGUGGAGACUCCUGUUAUAUGCAAUUUGGUCAAACGCAAAACGAAGUGAAACAUCUUCCGGAAGCCGAGCUCACACGGACGUUAAUCACCCCCUUGCUGUUAAAAGACUAGUGUCAUUCAGUUAAUGUGACUGUAUUCAGCAAGAGUCCCCGAAGCGUUGGGUCCAUCUACCUAGUACGAUAGUUUCAUUGGGAACGCACCCUCGGUAGACAGACAUGUUAUAUUAGCCACUCGGUUGUUGAUGUCGCUCUAUAAACUGCAUAUACAUGUAGGCCCUACACCGUCUUCAGAGAUAUCGAGUGUUUACUCUUACUCAGAGUAAAUACAACAGUCGUAAGCUGACCGACUAACUGUCAGAGAGGACCAUGCCGCCGGAUGAUGCGUACGUGGAAAAGACCGACUUUUCCGAGAGAACGCCUCUUCUCCCCACACCUGCAGACCCAGUUAAGGGCUCAAAAUGGACCCAGGUCGCUCAGCUCCUAAUUCUCUCCGUGGUGCACAUGUUAGGCGUAUCUCCGCUGGCAGCUCUUCUCAGUCUUGAUGGAAUACUGAACCCAGAGAUAGGCAUGUACGCCUUGACGGCCCACUACAGCGGGACCCUGAUCUCGUUUGUGACUGCGCCCGUGAUUACGCGGAAAUUUGGAGCCAAAGGGACUAUUUUGUUCGGUUGGGGUGGGCAGUUUCUGUUCGUGGCGGCCCACUUCUACCCCCAGGCGUAUCUCUUGGUACCUGUUGCAUUUUUUGUGGGUAUUGGUCAUGCCCAAACCAUGAUCACAAACGCUGUUUACGUCACAACGUUAGCGUUACGGUAUUCUGACCUCACAAAGCAGCCCCAGGAGUCUGUGAUGGGUCUGUUUAAUGGGAUCUUCUACUCCAUCUUCAUGUUUGAUGGCGUCAUCAGCAAUACGUUGUCAUCCCUGGUGCUUAUUAAACCUAUAGAAUACAACGUGUCUGUGCUGGCAAAUCUAAGUGAACUCUGCGGACCGUCUUUUUGCCCGUGGGAAGAUACAUCGGGGACUUAUCUUCGUCAACCAGAACAAUACAUUGUAUACAUCCUGCUGGGCGUGUUUCUAGGAAUGGUGGCAGUGGCGUUUUUGACGACCCUUUUCUUCCUGAAGAACAUCCCAGCGACUACCGGCGAUUCCCUUCACGGCGCCAGAGCUUUCUGUGGCAAAGUUGGACACUUGAUGUUCAAGAGAAAACUUGUUUUGUUGAUACCGAUAUUCAUGAUGAUUGGUCUGGAACAGCAGUUUAUGAUGACAGAGUUUACUAAGGGUUUUGUAAGCUGUGAGAUUGGGAUACAAUACAAUGGUUGGUCUAUGGUGUGUUUUGGCUCCGGACAGAUCGUGGGGUCAUUGGUCACUGGGCGUUUGGUCAAGUUUGUCAACUGGACAGUGAUGUAUGUGGUGGCGGCGUGCUGUAACAUUGGCUGCCUGACCACCAUGUUGUACUUUGAGGCAAACUUCACCACAAUGGAGUAUUACUUCUUGGUGCCGUUCGCCUGGGGAUUGGCGGACUCGGUCUGGAUGACGCAGUCUUUAGCUUUCACUGGACACAUGUUUCCAGAAGAAAAGUGGCCAGUAUUUGUAGUUUGCAGGAACUCCUUGUACGCCACGUACGCAGCACUGUUUGCGUACUCGAACUUUGUGUGCAUGGAUGUGAAAAUUUACAUAGCGUACGGUAUGGUGACGCUGUCGUUUAUGUCUUUCAUUUUAUUCUCGAUAUUUCGGAGGUUUGAAAAGACAGGAUGAAAUUAUUUACACUAUUAUUGUACGUGUGCAGUGAGUGCGUUGAAAUUUAUUUCAUUUAUAAAAAACAUCAAAGCAUAAACUUUCCCAUCAGCCGUUCACUUCCCCAUUCUGGCUUUUAAAUCAACAUCCAUCAUUUGCAGAUAGUAAUUUGUAUUUUAGACAUAUGUUCAUAUAAAGGCUCAUGGCUUAACUACUUUGCUUUGUGUUUUACGUGCAUUACUUUGCCACGACUCAAGACUAAACAAUUAACACCAUUUUACGGAGUCCGAUAAAUAUAUUAAGGCUCAUCGGGGCCACAGAAUAGAACGAAACAUAUAUGUCAACUGGUAAAGUAUCAACAUGAGUUUUAAUGUUUGUCUCGUCCUCACCAUCUUUACUUCAACUUACCACUUACUACCUGUCACU